AUGGCAAAGCUGGGAGACUUACAGAAAAGAACCUAUGUGUACAUGAAGAGAAACUACGACUACAUGACUCUCAUAGGUCUCAAUUCCAACCGCCCAUAUUUCAUGUGUUCUCUGAAUCAGUCUACACAUGCUCCUGAGAGUAAUUUUGAUGAAGAUCAGAGCCCCGGGAAUCAGAAUGAAAAUCCGCAAGAGGCUUCCGAUGUGCAAUGGAUAGAAGACGAGAAGGAGAUGCCCAUGGAGCCGACAAGGGAAGAAAAUGAUACGAUGCCACUACCAGUAACGCCUGCCUCGGAGCCGGCUCCGAAAAAGCUGUGUACCCCAGGAGAAGUGAGUUCCUCUGGUCAGGAGACUGAGAAGAUGUCAGGACCCAGCAAAGUGAAGUCUAGUGUCUGGGCCCACAGACUGCAAGAAAGAAAGAACAGAGUUGUAUAUGAAGAGAUUAGUGACCCCGAGGAAGAUGACUAA